CUUAAAAAUUUAGUCCAAUUCUAGUAUGAGUGGGAGAGAGUAAAAAGAAGUAGAAAAAAGAGGGGAAAUCAUUAGCAAGUGGACGGUGGGGGGACGGCAUAGCAACAGUGCGUCGAUCGCUGGAAUAGGAUUUGUUUGAAGCAGAGAUGUGUUACGGCGGUCAACGAUUACCGUCGAAGGAGGCGUUAACCUCCCGAUCUCGAUCUGCCACAGCCGCGGCGAACGAGAACGCAGCAGUAUUAUACGACCUCCGGGACCGGCUGGCGGAGACGGAGGCUCGGCUGGAGCGAGCCAGGGCCAGAGAAGCCGACCUCAGCCAGAAACUCGAGGAGAUGAAGCGGUUCAUCUCCGUCAUGGAGAUCCUUGAGAAUUUCCUCAGGCGCCGAUACCUGGAGCGGCGUGACCAGUUCCUCCGCCUCUACUCCGCUACGCAUUGUCCGUGAAAUCUGGGUUGGAACUUCACACGAUGAUCUUCUGCUCUUUGGACAUUGUGUUCUGUCAGCCUUUCUCUGGAGAAAGGCUCAGGUGGAGAUCUUGGUGAAAUAUAUCGAACUUGGAGUAUGGAUAUAGAACGAAAUUUGACUUGAUGAACUUACGAAUCGUGAAAAACCACUUUGAGAUCAAAGUAAUUUCCGUUGUAUUCUAAAUUUCUUUAAUUGGUUAAAACAUAAGAAUGAGUAUGUGAUCUUCUACAUAUCAAAACUACCGCUAUGUAUCCAUAUUUAUAGAAGAAAUUCGACGAGACAUAUCUGUUCAGG